AUAUGUAUAUUUCAGAUUUUAAAACAUGGUGAUCGGGAAAAAUGAAAACGCAGUUUUAACACUAUUUAUCUUAGUUGUCAUUUCGAAAUUGACACCAAUCAUUGGGGAAACUCGGAGUAAUUGCAGCGAAGGCGACAUUUGGCCCAGCGACGACAAUUGCUAUGUUUAUGAAUGCGGAAACAAUUCACAACCAAUUAGGUACAGCAAAGUAUGUCCACCAGUGCCGACAUGUCUUGCCUUCGGUCUGUACUAUGAAAACUGUUGUCAAUAUUGCAACGAGAAAGCAUUACAGAAUAUAAAUGGCGACAUAACUUGGAACGACUUCGAAACACACCCUUGCAAAAGAAACUGCGUCAGUGGUAAUACGAUGACCUGCAUUUAUUCCUUCGAUAUUUCAGCAUUUCUGGCAUUUAACGCCGCUUGCAAUGACUGUCCAGUGGUUAAGUCAGACUGUGAUAUAACAAACUGCGUUCCCACUGAUGGUAUCACCAAAUUGAUAUUAGUUGCAAACAGAACUAUCCCUGGACCAUCAAUUGAAGUAUGUGCGGGUGAUACUGUUGCUGUCGAAGCUCGAAAUGGCCUCAUAUCUCAAGCCAUUGUCUUACAUUGGCAUGGCAUUCCCCAACUGGGAACUCCCUAUGCUGACGGGGUUCCGUAUAUAACACAGUGCCCAACAAUCGAGGAGGAUAGCUACCUAUAUAUUUUCCACGCUAUUAAUCCAGGGAGCUAUUUUUGGAAUUCCGAUGAGGGCCUAGAGAAGGUAGAUGGCCUCCUAGGUUCACUGAUAAUUCGUCAACCAAUGGAUAAGGACCCUCACGCUGCUCUAUACGAUACUGAUGACAAUGUCAUCUUCAUUCAAAACUGGUACCACACUUUCUCGGAGAGUAAGCUAUAUGGCUGGGCCAUGUCGUCACUUUCAAGCCUUUCGGAUAAUUUUCUUAUCAAUGGCAGGGGACGAAUAUUGAAACGAUUAAAUAGCACUUAUGAGGAAACUAGUACUGAUUCGGCAGUUACUGAUGCGAUGCCCUUUGCUGAAUUCAGGAUAGCAUCUGGCAGUCGAAACCGAUUUCGCAUCAUCAACGCCGGCAGCGCAAUUUGUCCGGUAGCAGUUUCCGUGGAUAAUCAUACGUUGACUGUUAUUAGUGCCGAUGGCUUUGAUAUUGCCCCUAUUGAGGUACAAAGAAUUGUAAUGAACAAUGGUGAACGGUUUGAUGUAAUAAUUCAGGCGAAUCAACCUGUCGGCAACUACUGGAUCCGCGUCAAAGGAGUGCAAGCCUGCACGAGCAUCGAACGCCAGCAACUAGCCAUCUUACGUUAUGGAGGGUCAUCAAGCGACGACCCGACCCAACCUACAGAUUAUUAUUUCCCUUCAGAUGAUGAGGUUACGCUGGACUCAACAUACAAUGAUGACAGUUCUAGCUUAGAGCUUCAUUUAACUGACCUGCAGUCAGUAAAGCCCCUGGAACCAGAAUUGAGUUCUGACCAAGUGAACAAUAAAUUCUACAUUCGACUAGGGUAUUCCAGUCUUUUUAAUCCUGCGUUCAUGGCCUCACCAAAUUCGCUUCCCAAACCAAGACAGCAAUUCAAUAACAUCACCUUUGAGUUUCCUCCUACAUGUCUAUUAACGCAACCGGAUGAAGACCACUAUUUUUACUGCAACGAAGACUCGUUGCGUGACCAAGGAAAGAACUGUGUGCAAGAGCUUUGCACCUGCAUACACGUCCUUCGCGUUGCCUUGAACUCAACUGUGGAAGUGAUCCUGUUUAACGGCGAUGCGAUUCCUGCUGAUAAUGAUAAGACUAAAAGCGCCCAAUCUGCAGUUCACCUGCAUGGUUAUAACUUCCGGGUCUUAGGCAUGGAAAAGGUGCCUGGAAUCAACGAGGAAAAGAUAAGGCAAAUGGACAAGAAUGGGGAAAUCAAAAGAAAUUUCAUAAACCCCAUCAUAAAGGACACAGUAAAUAUCGUGCAGCCGGGCUACACGGUCAUUAGGUUUAACGCCACUAAUGCAGGGGCCUGGGCAUUACAUGGCACCGUCCAAUUUAAGUAUAUGACUGGAACAGCAUUGCUUUUUAUGGUUGGUGAACGGUCGGAUUUACCUCCAAUUCCAACAGGAUUACCAAUGUGUCGGAACUUUAUUGCGUGA